GAAAAGGCUCGCUUAAAACCUCUCUGCGGCCGCCGGGAGCCCCAGCACGGCCGGUCCAGUCCGCUCCGCGCGGUGGCGGCAGGAGCUGGUGCUGAUUUCCGGGUUGUCGUCUUUGUGCACACGGCACACGGCUGGUGCGGAGCGCACAAACCCAACGUGUUACUGUUUACCUCCAGUGCGAGUUUGUGUUUCGGAUCAAAUGCAGCCACGCGUGGCUGCUCGUACCACCGGGGAUGUAUUUAGUAUGUUUUAUUAGCCCUGUUUGAGCGGCCGAGCCUCGGCAGCACAAGGCCCAAGCCUGGCCCGGGUCAUCUGGCAGAUAUCGUCUUUGAGCAUCCUCCGAGAAAUUUAAGAACUAACCAGGGGUAGCAGCGUAGCUAGCCGGCUAAACCACCGUUUAAAGGGGAGGAGGAAGAAGAGGAGAUGAGUGCAGUUCUGGUUCUGAUGUUUCUCUUCGCCGUGAGUGGCGACUCAUUAGGCGCCGUCACAGACUGCAGCGGGUCCACGAUGGAAACCAACAGCGCGGUUCGUUUACUGUCCUCUGUCGUCGACGCCCAGAGAGCCGAGCAGAGCCGGAGGGAACACCUGGAGGCUCUGUUCAACAGAUAUGGAGAAAACGGCACCAUCUCUCUGGCCGGGUUGAAGCGCCUCCUUCAGAGCGUGGGGCUGGGUCGCAUGAGGACUGUUAUGGUGCAGCAUCACGAGCAACCCGGACACCAUCCCCACCACCACCACCACCACAAAGGCCACCACCAUCACCACCAUCCCCAUGAAAGCAAUUCUGAUCACCUAAAACAACUUUCACAGCCCCAGAAGUUUCCAGACACCCCCGACAACCACGACGGUGCCGUGGGAAAGAAAAGCGAGGAUCCAGAUAGUCGUCUAAACCUCUAUGACAAAAAAACCACAGUGGCGGCGGUGGCUCAGGAGGUCGGCACCACGGUGACAUACAGAGCUCAGCACGUGGUGAAACAACAAGAUGGAAGCCAGGGGCGACCGUCAGGGGAACAAACGACCAGGAUCGCCGUCACUGAGAGCCAGACACAAGCAACCGCAAGCGGCGACAGCGAGCAUGACCGCGAUCAGGAUCGUCCCCACGGCCGCAGCCAGAACGGUUCAGAGUGUCUGAACGCCUCCUUCAUCCUCUCCUCACACGGGAUGUCUCAGGAGGCCGGCGUCACGCUCAGAGACUUCAGCUUUCUUUGCCCCGCCCUCCUCAACCAGAUCGAUGGAGGAGCGUGCGUGCUGCACGGAGACGCCUCGGCACACGGGGCGAGAGAGCACAAGCAUCACAAGCAUGCUCACGGUCACCAUGGAGACCACAACCACUCAGACCACGACCACAGUGAGCACAUGGGCGGGGAGAACAGCAGAAACAUCACCACGGCGUGGGUCGGCGGGUUCCUCUCCAUCACCAUCAUCAGCCUGCUGUCUCUGCUCGGCGUCGUCCUCAUCCCGCUCAUGAACAAAGUUUUCUUCAAGUUCCUCCUCAGCUUCCUGGUGGCGCUGGCCGUGGGCACGCUGAGCGGCGACGCCUUCCUGCACCUCAUCCCUCACUCUCAGGGAGGCCACCAUCACCACCACGACGAUGCAGCGAUGACGGGACACCAUCACCACGACGAUGCAGUGAUGACGGGACACCACCACGAGCACGAGGAGAACCUGGACGCGGUGUGGAAGGGCCUGACGGCUCUGAGUGGCGUCUACUUCAUGUUUCUCAUCGAGCACUUCCUGACGCUUGGAAAGAUGUACAAGGACAAGAAACAGAAGAUCCAGAAGAAGUGUGAUCAGAACGAGAACGCGGAUCCAGAGAAACAGCCGGCGCUGGAGGAGAACAGCGUGAAGCCGAGUGAAGAUGUGGAGACUAACGGCGCCAGCACGUUUGGCGACCACUCGAGCAGCCUGCACGGCAGCAACGUGGCGGAGGAGGAGCAGGUGAUGCUGGCGCCGCAGGUGUCCGUCGUUUCGCCGCAGGCUUACGGGCGAGCGUCGGGGAGCGCCGCUAACUACACCGACGAGGACUGCGAGAACAAAUGCCACUCCCACUUCCAUGACACGGUUGGCCAGACGGACAGCAGGCACCACCACCACCACGACUACCAUCACAUCCUGCACCACCACCACUCUCAGAACCACCACCCGCACAGCCACUCCCACUCCUACUCGGAGCAGCACUUCCAGGAGGCCGGAGUGGCCACGCUGGCCUGGAUGGUCAUCAUGGGAGAUGGACUGCACAACUUCAGCGACGGCCUCGCUAUCGGCGCUGCGUUCACUGAGGGUCUGUCCAGCGGUCUCAGCACGUCUGUGGCUGUUUUCUGCCACGAGCUGCCUCAUGAGCUGGGUGACUUUGCGGUGCUCCUGAAGGCCGGCAUGACGGUGCGUCAGGCCAUUCUUUACAACGUGCUGUCGGCCAUGAUGGCCUACCUGGGCAUGAUCACCGGGAUUUUGAUUGGACACUACGCCGAGAACAUCUCCACGUGGAUAUUCGCCCUCACAGCCGGGCUCUUCAUGUACGUGGCCCUGGUGGACAUGGUCCCCGAGAUGCUGCACAAUGACGCCGGCGACCACGGCUUCAGCCACUGGGGCUUCUUCCUCCUCCAGAACGCCGGCAUCCUGCUGGGCUUCUGCAUAAUGCUGCUAAUCGCCAUUUUUGAGCACAAAAUCCAGCUGGACCUGGGAUACUGAGAGGCAGUCCUGAGCUUCACGGGCAUUCCAGUACCGCCAUCAGAGUUGUAGUGUUUUUUUUAAUUGUUGUUGAUAGACGCCUUGAGUUAGUUUUUACUUGUGAAGCAGGAAAGCAGCAGCUGAACUGAGUCGUCUGCCAGAGCCGCUGAGGCGCCGACCUCGGCCGGCUGGAGGUCAGUUGUUUAAAAAGGGUUCAGAAAUAUUUUUUUAAGUUUUUUCUUUGUGUUAAACUUGUAGCUGUUUUUGUCUUUGUCAACAAACGUGCACGACCACCACACGUGGGAAACACCUGGAGUCCUUCCAGGAUCGCCUGUCACCAGUUAUCGUUUCAUAUUUAUGAAGAAUUCAUGAAGGAGAAACUGUUGCGUUCAGCCGCCCGGAGCUCUUCUGAGGAACCUGUUUUAUUCUGCUUUUGCUGCUUUUGUGUCUGUUUUUCUUCUUCUGCAGCUGAGUGAGCCCGAUCAGUGUUACAGUGUUAUCCUCUAACUGUUUUUCCGUUUCUCUGCGACGCUCUGGACAGAUUUCUUCGUCACAGGCUGAAAGUGAGAGUGACGUUCACGUUGCUUCAGUGUCUUCCUCUCACUCAGGUCAUCAGCCAGUGUCUGAAGCCGCAGUUUGAAAUCUGUCAGUUAAUUUUAAAUCCUGUGGGUUUAAUUAAUCUUUAAAUUUAAAUAUUUGCCAACAAGUAACCGUUACACUGAGUUUGUUCCUGUCAUCGAAACAGUCGAUUCAUGAAAAACUGAAAGGAGAUGAUUACAAUCAAAAAGGGGAAACUGAGCAGUCUGCGUUUUUAAUUUAAAGUUCUGCUUUUUACAUUUACUUGAUUGUUAAGAGUUAAUGUGGCAGCUCAACGUAAAACAAAUAUUCCGGCUGAACGUGGACUCGUUUCGAAGCAUCUUGUUUUAAAGGUUCGCGGUUCGUUUUUCAGACGCUGCUCUGAGGUUUAGGUCAAAUCACGUUUUCCUCUUAAAAGAAGAAAAAUCACCUCAAAGAAAAAGUUCAGACUCUCACUGUGCUCGUUACAUGUGGACCAUUAUGUGUGUAGUACUUCAAAAGUAUGCAGUUCAUUUGACUUCCUGUGAUGUUGAUUGUGAAGAUCGAGGAUCAUACAACACGUGUUUAAAAAUAAAAAAGAAGUGGUUUUUAAUUUGUGGGGAAAAGUACGGAAACCGAAAAGUUUGUGUGUUUAAUGCUUCUGUUCAUGAAAGGUGGAUAAAAUCACACAGAAAGGACAAACAGCUCUGCGGUGACGGUUUCGUUCAGAUUUCAUGCUCUUCCAUGUUUGGCCUGUGAAAUCAUCAUUUUUACUUGUUUUCUGUAUUUUAUUUAAACAAAGUUUUUUUUCUGUUUGUGGUAACACAAAGUAAAAUCACUGAGAAACAACCAGCUCACACCUCAAAACCUCCUGGAGCUUGUCUGCACUCUAUCCUCAGUUACUGGUGAUUAAACAGAUGUAUAUUUAUGGUUCUGCAGAGCUGUUUCAACCUGUUAUUUUGUCCUCCCCUGUCGCCGACCGCAGAGCCCUUCAGGCAGCUUUGAUGUCGACUCGCUGUGCUCUGACAUUCCUGAACACCAAUAAACUUCACACUUCACACCA